GCGCCCUGCAUUACGCGCCGGCCCCUCCCCGCGCCGCCCACGUCCACAUUCACGCGUGCCGCCUCGCACUCUCGUGCGGCUGCUGAGUCGCCGCUGCUGUCGGCUUUACACGCAGGUCAUUAACGAGGGGGCGUGCCGGAGGAGAUUUUUCCCAUAAAGCAUUUUCUCUCUUUUUUUUUUCUUUUGCAAAACUGACUUUUACCCCUUUCCACUUCUCGACAGCCGCUUCAAUUCCUCCUGGGCUGCCCGUGCUGCUGCUGCUGCUGCUGCUCUCAAAUUUAUUUUCCCGCCUGGUAGGGGUUUUACAGUUCGGUUGGUGGUUUCCACCUCUUGUUGCUGCUGUGCCCGAGGAGGGAAAGGGGAACAGCUGCGGGAGGCUCGGAAAGGUUUUCUGAUGUAGUCAUCGGGGAGGUGCCACUGGCUCUUGCGCUCUUUUUUUCCUCUCUCUCCAUUUCAAACUGAUUGAUGCGUCUCUACAAGUUGCUGGGCUUGGGGCCGAACCCGUCGGAGUCGCAGGGACACUUCUGAGAGCUCACGCGGGGCUCCUGGCAUUGCGUCGUGGGGCUCGUUCUUGCUCCAGGAAGGCGAGCGGAGACUGACAUCAAUCAGCCCAUCCAGGAGUUGGAGGGAUUCAUUUGAAAGUGAUUGUUUCCCCUCCCGCUCUCCAGCUGAGCUGUUGGGUUGGCGUCGUCCUGCAGGUUUGGGCAUCCCGGCUCCGCCUGGCUGGCUGGUAGGUGACCUCUGCUCUUCAUUCACUCCGGUGCACUCACACCCGACAGAGAAAGCACGCGCGAGAAAUCCCUGAGGCCGGCGCCUGCGGUGUCCUCUCCCGCCGCUGCCGCCGCAGUCCGACUCCGCUGGGGGACCUUCUGGAAGACCCGGAGAGCCAAACUUUUUUUUUUUUUUUUGGAGGUUUGCGAGGCCAGACCGCUUCUCGCCAGCUUAGUUGCCCCUUAACCACUUCCAGGACGCCGGCAGGGCUGGAUUUGUGGCUACGGAUCCCCACCCUUCUCAGAGCACCGCCCCGAAUCUGCAACACCUACGACUCCUCCGAGAUUUCUAGGCGCUGUCCGGUUAAAGCACAGACGAGGCCACAGGCGCGAAGCCCCAGAUCUACACGGAGCCCUCCUGCUGUUUCCCACCGGCUGCCAAAGUAACUUGGAGCGAAGCGGAGCGCAGUGUGAGGACCCUGGGCGGCGGAGACCUGUGCAGCCCGCGGCGCCAACGCUGAGCCAGGCCGGCUGGCCAGUGUAUGUCUCCCCGCGGCCGCGGCGCGCAACUCCCGGUGACUGUGCAGCGCGCGCCGCCGCCCGCCCCAACCCGAGCUGCUGCCGCUCGACCCGGCGCGCACCUCCUUCUCCCCGGGUGACGGGCCUGCCGCCGCCUUCCGAGACACCGCUUGACACUCCUUUCCCCGCCCUCGCCGCUGCCAACACACACUCGCUCGCUUCUCUUCAUCUUGUAAUUUCUUUUUUUCUUCUGAACCCUCCACUUGGAAGUGCGAGUUUGUGUUUAGCCCCUCCGCUCCACUGCCUCUUUUCUUCUCCCUCUCCUCCCCCUCCGCAGCUUGUUGUGUGACUCUUUCUUUUCUCAUCCCUCUUCAUUUUUAUUUAUUCAUAUUUAUUUGGCUCCUGCUCUCUCGCUCUCUCCUUCCCUCCCUCUCUCCGGAUUCCUGCUCUCUCCCCGGAGUCGCGCGUCCCGGGCUCCGCCGCUGGCCAGGCGUGAUGUUGCACGUGGAGAUGUUGACGCUGAUGUUUCUGCUGCUCUGGAUGUGUGUGUUCAGCCAGGACCCGGGCUCCAAGGCCGUCGCCGACCGCUACGCCGUCUACUGGAACAGCAGCAACCCUAGAUUCCAGAAGGGUGACUACCACAUUGACGUCUGUAUCAAUGACUACCUGGAUGUUUUCUGCCCUCACUAUGAGGACUCGGUCCCGGAAGACAAGACGGAGCGUUAUGUCCUCUACAUGGUGAACUUUGAUGGCUACAGUGCCUGCGACCACACUUCCAAAGGGUUCAAGAGAUGGGAAUGUAACCGGCCUCAUUCUCCAAACGGACCACUGAAGUUCUCUGAAAAAUUCCAGCUCUUCACACCCUUUUCUCUAGGAUUUGAAUUCAGGCCCGGCCGGGAAUAUUUCUACAUCUCCUCUGCAAUCCCAGAUAAUGGAAGAAGGUCCUGUCUAAAGCUCAAAGUGUUUGUGAGACCAACAAAUGACACCGUACAUGAGUCAGCCGAGCCAUCCCGCGGUGAGAACGCGGCACAAACACCAAGGAUACCCAGCCGCCUUUUGGCAAUCCUACUGUUCCUCCUGGCGAUGCUUUUGACAUUAUAGCACAGUCUCCUCUCGUCACAGAAAACAUCAGGGUCUUGGAACACCAGAGAUCCACCUAACUGCUCAUCCUAAGAAGGGACUUGUUGUUGGUUUUUUGGCAAAUGUCAGAUUUUUGUUUUCUUUCUUUCAGCCUGAAUUCUAAGCAACAACCUGGGGCCAUAGGGGGGCUAAAGUAGUUGCCGCCUCCCUCGCCCCAUCCCCAGCCCUUGCCCUUGACUUUUCUCACCCCUUCCAAAUUAAAUGGACUCCAGACGAAAAUGCCAAAUUGUUGUAGGGACGCUAGUGGUCAUCAGCUCCUGUGCACUCUCCUCUAAGAGCUCACCUCCGUCAGCGCACUGUGUCAGCUGCGUGUGGUUGAGGAAGAAUAGUGGCAGAUGCAGCCCGUGGCGGCGAGGCCCGGGAGGGUUGGACUCUCCCGGACGAUGUUUAUGCCUUCUCAGUCUGGACUGCGGGACAAUCAUGCAGGGCAUCAUGUCACCAUGUCAAGGCCAGAGGGGAGGUGUUAGGAACAGAUAUAAUACCACACCAUUUCCUCUUGGAGUGUGUAAAUGAACAGGCUUCUCAAAGGUUGAGACACUGGCUUUUUGUUUUUGUUUUUUAGAUGACUGUCUUAAAGCAUUCUUGACAGUAAACGUGUGCUCCUUAAAAGAAGCCUUUUUUUCCUACGAGGCGGGUAGGGUGCCAGAAAGCUAGCACAGAGCAAGCGUGAAAGCAGAGAAAACGCAAGUUUGGUGGGGGUGUGUAUGUACGAGUGCCUCUAAUUUUUUGGUGACUGGGCAGUGUACACCAGAUUUUUUUUCCCUUUGAAUACAGAUCACCAUGGUGCUACAACUAUUUUUUUUAAAGAAACUCAAAAGAGGCAUUUUUAUGAAUAAAGUGACCUUCCCCAAGGCUGACAAGCCAGGGUUGACGAGUGCAUAAGGGAAUAGCUUUGGAUACUCCUCUGGGGCACAACAGGAACCAAGGAAAAGAUGCCAGUGGCCAGAGGAGAUGGGAUUUGGCUUUGCUGGAGCGCCAGUGUGCUGUGGCCUUUCCCCGACUCCCCCCAGUACCCACGUCUCGCUCCACACUCCACGACUACAGGGGCUCCGACGCAAACCCCUGUCACCUGGAGAGUCAGUCAGUACUACUUGGGAGGGCUAAAGGGAAAUUUGGAAUAAAAAUUCCAAAGUGUGGAAUAAAAAAAUUCAAGUGUUGAUUUUAUAUUCUUUCCCUUUCUGACACAGCCUGAAGCAUUGGGGAACAUGUGUUUAUCUGUGGGAGAUAAACAAGGUGGAGUCCCAAAGACUUUAACAAAAUAUUUUUUUAAAAAUCCACUAGAAUAGAAAAUACAUUAUUUAGAUAUACUUUAUGCUGAGAGUGAGUAUAUAUGCUUGUCCUAUUUAAACUUGUGAGAAAAAGUGGUAUCCCUUGAUACAUUUAGAAAUACAGGGGCUAUCUUGUUUCAUUGUGGGGAUGGGGCUGAAGGAGAAUAAAUACAGGAUGACCCUGUGUGAGGGAUCUCAGCGUGGCCAGGAAGGGAUGUUUCCAGUUAGUUACCAGGAAAUGCAAGCCUUGGGGGUUUCUACUGGUGAGGCUGCCACGGACUCUCAGCUCCAAAGCCUAGACAGGGAAAAGCAUCAGACCAAUGGAAAAGAAAUCUUGCCUUUUUUGCUCUUGCACGACAGACCAGUAGAAACCAUGCCUUUUGAAAGAGAAUAAGAAGUAAAUGCGAUGAUCAUCGUGUGAUAUGAAAAAUUGGGAGAAUUCCAGCAAAGGGGGGGGGUUAACAUAUUUUUAAAGUAUGUGUAAAGGAAAAAAAAACAAACAAACCAAGGUCAUAUUAUGGACAGAUUUCAUGAAUGGGAAUUUGUUAAGAAUUGUGAGCAGCUCUGAAUUAGGAAAAGUAUGUGACCAAAAGGCAGCUGUAAAGGUACUGUGCCCUGGGGAGUUUGUACGCAUGCUGAGAUGUAAUCUGGGCUUACCUGAUCUGUGUGGAGUGGAUGUCACUGCUGGGGCGGCGUGCCCUUGGAACCGGCGAGCAGGGUUGCCAGCCUCGCCCGCACCAUCAGUCGUGUUCCUCUGGACACCAGGAACCUCUCCGGAGUGGCAGGGUCCCAUUCACAGACGGCAGCCACCAUUUCGCUGAAAUAAAAGUUCACAGCAUUGGAUUCUUUUUUCCUUUAACUAUUUAUAUACUCAUUACUCUCAGUAAUAUCCACUACUACUACUUUUUAUUAAUAGUUACAGGCUUGUCGGCCCAGUGGGAUUUGGAUAGAGGAGAAAGAGAUACCUUCUAAAAUGGAUCGAUAGUCGGAACCAAAAUAAUACUGCAUGUUCUAUAACCACAAGGAAAUCAAAUGAUCCUGUAAUGAUUCCAGUUAGUCAUUACUACAUUAGCAGUGCUAAUUUCAUUUUAGAAAUGGUGACUUCUGUGGUUUUUCUAGCAUUUGUCUCUAACAAAUGAUGAAAUAAUAACUCGUGGCCCUCUCCGCCAACUCUUUCAUUUUUCACAGUGAAAUUAGACCCCUUUACUUCACCAUUGUGCCGCUACAAAUUAAGUAAAAUAAGAUAAAAGUAGCAAGACUAUCCACACCAGUAGACUGUGUGCUUUUCUACCUAUAAGUGAUGUAAUUGUAGGUAAUGCUUGCUGCUGAGUUUUCAGGAUGAUUGGUGUCAGACAGUUUUCACCUUGUCCAAAAAGUGCUGGUGGCCUUUUGUGGUGUCAUUACAACCCUCUGGGGGCUUAGCAGGAUGUCGAUGCAACUUUGUAGCAGCUUUUAAUUUCAAAAACAAUUCAAAAGUCUGAAGGACAGCCUUAGCUGCCUCUCAGCCUGUUCGUCAAACCCCAGCGACCUUUGGCCCUGGUUGCCUAGGGCUUUGCAACACGAAGCAGGGAAAUAAGGAUCUGUCUGUUUAGUGGAUACCGUGUAUCCUUUAAUAGACCAGUUAACAGUCCGUGUUAGUUUAGACUAUUGUUUUGUACUGUACUUUCUUGGGUGGCAAAGGAAAGAAAAGUAAAACAUUAAAAAAAACUGCGUUCUUUAAAUUCUGUAUUAUUAGCAACCUCUGUUGUAUAUAGUGUUUGAUAAUAAAGUAUUAAUUUGAUUCUUAUGUCUUUUGUAAGUGAGAACAAUAGUCUUUCAGGAUACAAAACAUGCAUUGAGGCUUUGAAACAUCCAAUGUGUAUACUUGCUUGAGAAGAGUCACAAAUGGCCGAGACGCUGCUCCGUACAAGAGGUGCCUGUGGUCAUCGCACUCCCAAACGUGAGGCUCCACCGUCUUGGGACCCGGGACACCAUGGCUUUUUGAUCACUACUGUGUUCUCAGUGUUUUCACGUUCUGA